GGCGACUGGUUCGGCGCGAUGGGCGACGACCCGCUCAACAAGCGCUUCGGCGAGGACUGGGCGCGUCUCACACGCGAUCUACUCUUCGACAGCGAGGGUGGGCUCAAGUUCAAGCCCGAGCUCUGGUCGGACAUCCGCAAGGUCAUCCUCCCCUCGCUGGUCGACAAGGUCGGCUACGUGCCCAUCCCACGCAUCGAGUACUCGGAUGACGCGAUCGAUCUUGUGGUUGAGAACCUCACGCUCCAGGGUCGCAACUUGUUCCCGAACAUCAUCUCCUUCGAGGCGCACAACUUCAUGAAGUUCUCGCCGUACAACGCCAUCACGGACCAGCACCACCACGAGUUCACGCUCACGUUCGGUCAGAUGCAAGCGGACAUGCGCGACGUCGCGUUCUACUACAAGCGCAAGUCGGGCUUCGCCAAGGGCAUGCUCGGCACGGACUCGGGCCUCGCAGAUGUUGUCCUUGGCGGCGAGGGGCUCAGCGCGACUGUGCACCUCGUGAGCGCGGACAAGGACCCACGCUCGGUGUUCAAGGUCAAGAGCGUCAACGUGAAGGUCGACACGCUCAAGUUCAGCAUCCGCGAUUCGAAGCACGAUAUGUUGUACAAGACGCUCAAGCCCCUCGCCACUGGUCUCGUCAAGAAGCAGAUCCAGAAGGCCGUCGCUGGUGCGAUCACCACCGGUAUGGAGUACGUCGAUGGACAGCUCGUCACUGUGCGCGACCGCGUGGCCGAGGCCAAGGUUGCGGACGAUAGUACGCGCAUGCAGUCGCUCCAGAGCAUGUUCAAGAAAAAGAAAGACGAGACUACCUCCACCACCAAGUCAACGAGCUCGUCGCAAUUCAAGGUUGUGCACAACAAGCGAGCGUCGAUGAUCGAUACGGGUCACCCGUCUGGGUGGGUCAACCGCACGACUGAGCGCGAGGAGAAGGCGGCUGCCGGCAAGGAGUGGCACUCUGAAGCGUACGUUCAAGUCUAUCCUCUAACUCGCUCCGUUUGCUGA